CUGCGGGGACAGCCCGGCGGCCGCGCUGCAGCGACGCCCGCGCGCCCGCCCGCCAGCCCGGGGAAGCCGCGGGCCGCCGGCGCCGCCUCCGAGGCGCGGCCCGGGCAGCGGGAGCCCCGCGGGGAGACAAAGCGCGGCCCGGGCGCCGCGAUGCGCGGCGGGCGCGGCGAGUGAGCGCGGGCAGGGGGCGGCGCCGCCCGCCGCAGCCGCAGUGGCCGGCGCCGCAGCAGGAGCCAUGGGCAACAUCUCGUCCAACAUCUCGGCCUUCCAGUCGCUGCACAUCGUCAUGCUGGGCCUGGACUCGGCCGGCAAGACCACGGUGCUGUACCGGCUCAAGUUCAACGAGUUCGUGAACACGGUGCCCACCAUCGGCUUCAACACGGAGAAGAUCAAGCUGAGCAACGGCACGGCCAAGGGCAUCAGCUGCCACUUCUGGGACGUGGGCGGCCAGGAGAAGCUGCGGCCGCUCUGGAAGUCCUACAGCCGCUGCACGGACGGCAUCAUCUACGUGGUGGACUCCGUGGACGUGGACCGGCUGGAGGAGGCCAAGACCGAGCUGCACAAGGUGACCAAGUUCGCCGAGAACCAGGGCACGCCGCUGCUGGUCAUCGCCAACAAGCAGGACCUGCCCAAGUCGCUGCCCGUGGCCGAGAUCGAGAAGCAGCUGGCGCUGCACGAGCUCAUCCCGGCCACCACCUACCACGUCCAGCCGGCCUGCGCCAUCAUCGGCGAGGGCCUCACCGAGGGCAUGGACAAGCUCUACGAGAUGAUCCUCAAGCGCAGGAAGUCCCUGAAGCAGAGGAAGAAGCGGUAACGCGGGCGGGCAGGGAGCCCACCCGGCCGACCCCCGCCCGGGACCAGGGGCUGGCCCGGCCCGGGAGGGGGGGGCCUUUUGUCUGAACCGCAGGGCCCAGCUCGGGGGCGGGGGGCGGCCCCCCGCUCGGAGUGGACAUGCCAGUCUCGCCUGCCCAGGUGGAAGGUCCGGAUGGCCAGAGACAAAAGCAUCCCUCCCUCCCGGGGCCAGAAGUUCAGCCCGCCCCGCCCUCACCUGGGCUGUGGUUCUGGUGGUAUGCAGCGCCCCGGGGACCCGGGGGUGCCCAACCCCGGGGGACGGCUGGCCGAGGGAGGGAGGGCCCUCCGGGGGGAACCAGCCCCCUGGAAGCCCUAUCAUUUUCUGUCACAGGGCAGGCCCCUGUUGAAAUCUCAUUUGUCAUGCUCUGGGCCCUGGACGAGAUGGCGGCAGGGACCUCAGGGUGCCCCGGGGAGGACAGCGCGGCAGGCAGCCGGGAGGGACCCAGGGCUCGGCCGCGCUGGCGGGGGGCAGGGGGCGGGGGGAUGGCCCGGAGAAGGCCCCUGCCCUCGGCCGCUCUGCGGUGGCUGACGGAAGACCCAUUUUCCGGAGAACUGCUUUCAGCCUGGAAUCUGACAUCUUCCAGAUGAUUCGGACCCUCUCCGUGAGCAGGUCACGGUUACGCAGAAAGACCAAUGGGAAAAAAAAAAAAAGAAGUGUUUUGAUUAAGAAAAGGGAAAAAAAAAACAAAAGCAACUGUGGGAGGUGGUGGCUGGUGUGGCGUUUGCUGGGUGCAGGGUAAAGGUGCAGCGAGGGGGACUCGAGCGGGGACUGCGGGGGGGGAGGGGCGGGGGACUGUGUCAUCCCCGGCCCCCAGGGCUGGAGUCGCACGUCCUCUUCUUCUCGGCUGACCGGUUUGGGCCGCAGGCAGUCUGGGCCCGGGGCGCCUCUGGGCAGAUGCCGCUGGGUUUUGUUUAUUUGUUUGUUUUUCUAACAACAAAAGCAAAACUUCCACGAAGGAAUAUUCACCGGGGAGGGGGAGCGGGCGGGGAGAGAAAAGGACUUUGUCCUUUUCUGUCCUUCCCCCCCCCUCUGCGAGAGGCACGCGGCGUUCCGGUUCCUCCUGGCUCCUGGUGACCCGUCUGGUUUCAGCUUUGAUCGUGUAGAGUAUUGGCUGUCGUGCCCGCCCCUCUUCCCCCCGCCAAGGAAAAAUAAAAAAUAAAACCCAACCCCACCUUCUUGCAAAAGCUGACCUCGCAUGGGUUUUAAAGCGAAGGCAAAGCACAGGGCUGCGGGCCGCCAGGUGCAUUCUUGCGGGAACUGGUCCCCCGCGGGGCGAAUCCAAACAAUGAGCCCGGGGAGCCCGGGCUGCCGGCGGGCUGCAGGCGCGUGACGUCAUGGUCACUGCACUCAGGCUUUUACGGUUUACUUGAAAGGCUUUGGGAGCUAGAGAGAGGGAAGGGAGAAGAGAUGCUUAUUUUUAAUAAUGUAACUGAAGAGAUCCUUUAUAAUCAGGACGGAGUCUCCUUUGCAGAAGCUGUAACGGGCAGCUCGAUCUUUUGUUGUUGUCGUUGUUGCUGUUGUUGGAUUUGAUUUCCUCUUUGGACCCUUGUUUACACGGAGAAUCGUGUGGUCUCACACCUCCCCCCCUCCCCGUCCCCCCUCGUUCCCCACCCCACCCCCAGCCACCCUUACCACCACGCUUCGAAAUUCCUGUCGAGAAAUUGGGCCCGGUCAUGUCUGAGCACGUGCCCGGUCAGGUCACACACCCGGCAUGGACACGCGCCUGGGCACUCAGAAAGUUCAUCGAAGAGCCGGGGCUCCCCCGCCUGGCCUCCCCCCUGCAGCCCGGCCCCGCAGGUGAUUGACGUGUUUGAAAAAAGAGACUCUGGCCGCCCGGGAGAGCUUCCUGCCUUGGGAGGGGGGUCUCGGUGACCCUCCAAUGCUGGCUGUUUUUUUUUUCUCGAAGCUCAGCAGAGACAAAUCGAGCUGAAGCAUGCUGCACGCCACGCGUGCCUAGCGCGCGGCCGCCGCUUCCUAAAGGGGCUGGUCCCUGCGCGGAACACGCCGGAGAGGCUUUCUUACAAAGGGGAAAUCCAUCCUCCUUUAUUUUCUUCACGGGCAGCCGUUUCUCAAAAGGCCCCACGCCCGUGAGAGAGUAGUCUGCGCCCCGUGCCACCCGAGAUGCCAAAUACCGUCACUCCUGUCCCCAGUCACUAGGUGCCAGCCAGGCGGCCUCGCCACAGAGGGAGCGAGGACGCUGCUUUCUGCUGUCCAGAGUGAGUCGUUGUCGGUCGAACCCCGCGUGCCGUUCCCCGGAGCCUCGGUACCUCCCUCCGCCUCGGACCCAGAUCCAGCCCGGCGGGCAGCGGCGCGGAUCAAGUCCCCCCGGGAGCGUGUGCGGGGGUUCCCGCUGCCCCGGGGAGGCCCGUCUCGUCCCCGACUCCUCUCCCUGUGGGUCCUCUGUCCUGGUGUCGUUUCUACUGCUGUAGUUCUCUGUCCUGACCCUCCCCGCGCCCCCGCCCUUUUAUAACGCGUAUAUGAUGCUGUGAACAAAAAUAAAUUAUUUAUACAAUCACA